UUGCUGGUUGGUGAACCUCUGUGCGCAUGGUCUAGUCUUGUGCUUCACUGCAGCAUUGAGGGAGUACAACACUGCUUGGGGUGAUGUCUCACUUUUUAAGGCUUCUGGCAUCUCUUGCUAUCUUGUUUGAGGUAGAACAAGGACUUUAGCAAACAUUCCACCGAACAGGAAUGUUUAGGACAGGGGUCGGUAACUUUGUUCUGCAUAGGGGCUAGGACGUAUGUCUGUGAACAGAUGGCGGGCCACAUGUACCACGUGUGUACACAAGAAUCCCGCCCCCAUCCCACCCCGGAUGGCAGGCAUCAAAUCAUGUGUUCACAUGGAUCCCGCCCCUUCGAGGACGCCACCCGGAACACUGGCCCCUAGUUACGGAUGCUCACGAACACGGUGUACCUACAGUCCAUUGCCUUGGCUCUGUCCUGAAGGCGGUGGGUCAAAUACUCAUACUCACUCGUCCUCAGCCUAUUGUUAACCCCGAUCCCGACAGUGAAGCCCAGACACAGAAGGUGCGUGGCCUUGCCGGCGGCUUUGCGCAGGAUGCGGUACAGCCAGAGCUCGGCGCUCGGGCACUCGGCAAUUGCGGCCGCCAGCGCAUGCAUCCUUGCGUCACCGCGCCCGGGCGUCUCGGGCCUGGGAGGUACCGGAGAUGAAAGAAGUCUGCCGGCCGGAUGACUAUGGGGCAAAAAAAUACGCCUGCGGGCGGGAUGAUUUCGGAGACCUUAGGUUGCUGACUCCUGGUUUAGGAGAUACAUGGCUGAUCUGUGCUAGCCAAAUUCCUCUUUGCUGCCAGUUCCAUUGUUUUUGAGAACUGGUGAUAGGAUUUAAGCAGGGAGUUUCUUUAUCUUAGACAACUUCCAAGCUGUCAGUGAUGUGGCCUUGACAAUAUUGUCCUCUCUAACCAGUCUUUGACUGGUCUGAAGAAGGGUCCCAACCUGAAGCAUCAUCCAUCCUUUUUGCCAGAGAAGCUGCCUGACCCGCUGAGUUACUCCAGCACUUUGUGUCUAUCACCAGUCUGAUUAUUUGGUAUUAUGUCAGGCAUUCUCUUGUUCAAGAUGAAGUAACAAUUAAAUCUUCCUCAUUUGCCCCUUUUCUCCCAGGUGUGGGAAUAAUUUUUGGCUCCACAAAAAAUGGUUUCAAAUAAAUAAUUAUGCAACAAAGUUCACUGAAGGCCGUGAAAGGAAACAAUGGAAGAAAAGGGGAGGGAAAUGGCUUCCUUUGUCAACCCUAGCAACAGUUGCUACAGAGGACUGUGCAGUCUGACAUAUGAGGGGUGAAGGGUGUUUGGUUGCUCAUCUAUCAGCAGAUCCGUAAUACCUGGUUUAGAGGCCAAGCUUCAAGCAGGAGGUGGAAAAUGAAUGCUUCGAAUCCGAACCUUGUGGCAUGCAAAAAUUGUGGAAGGAACUUUGAACCCGACAGUCUGGCAAGACAUGAACCUAUCUGUACCAAAAUCAACAGGAAGAAGAAACGAGUGUUCAAUUCGUACAAGCAGAGAGCUGAGGGGACUGACAUCGGGCCAACGAGAGGUGCAUCAGUUGGAAAGAACAUCCCACCCCCGGUCUCACACUGGAGACAACAACAUGAGGACUUCAUCAGCACUAUCAGAAAUGCCAGGAUGACUACCGAUGCCAUGAAGAAGGGACUUCCUCUUCCUCCACCGCCACCACCCAGCAUUAACCCAGACUAUAUUGAAUGUCCCUAUUGCAACAGGCGUUUCAAUGACACAGCUGCAGAGCGACACAUCAGUUUCUGUAAGACCAAUGUCAAUCGUAAAGUGGUGGCCAAGCAGUCUAUCCAGGCUCCAUCCACCCAGCCCAAAGCUCCGUCAACCAAGGUGCAAGUGCAGAUGGCCUCUAAGCCGACGCCAGGUCCCAGCAGAUCUUCCGCUGUGCCAUCAACCUCGCGUGAACCACCAAGGGCACCUCCUGUACACUCGGCCCCUCCUGUACACUCGGCACCUCCUGCUCGCACCGGGCCAUCGGUUUACUCGCCACAAUCAAUGAAGCAAACUCAGCAGCCAUCAGGGUCUCCGUCAAAGGGCAAGCUGACUGCAGCAGCCCAAGCCGUCAUGGGCGUCAGACCAGACUUUGACGAUCCGCCCGUGAAAGCUGAUGCAAGGCGACAACCACCAAUGCAGUCCACCCGGUAUGGUCGGAUGUAGGAAUACCUGCUGUAACGUCUGGAGUCAUAGGAUGCAACAGUGCUCCCUUCCCAGUGAUGGGUCUAAGCCUCCACAGAAAGGCCAGCUUCAGUGGUUACAUCGGUACCUCACCGUCCACCCGGCUCUCCACGUCAUACUGCCACUGUCCCAAUCAGUAGUAAAGGUCAAUUCAACUCCCUGCGUGUUAUUUGAAGAGAGGGGAGGGAGUGAGAAGGAGAGUGCUUUCAGAGUGGGGUGGGGAUGUGCUGAGCCAGUAGGUGGGGAAAUCACAACUCUAUUGCAUAGCCAUAAUUGUUCACAUGAGAGAAUAGAGGAGUGCAGUGCGUAUGUGUGACCGUGUAUCAGCAUGCUGGAGGGUGAGGGUUUAUUCCCUGGGUCAGCUGGAGUAUGGGCUGCUGUUGAUCCCAAAUCUUCCAUCCUUGCCUUGCCUGGAGUCAAAGUGCCCAGGUCUACGGCCCCAGCUGUUUCAGUUUAUUUCAUUGGACUGAUCACUCUGCAGGAGUUCACACAUUACUCUCGUUACCUUAAUUCAGUUCACUGUAGCAAAACAUAAUUCUGGAUACAGUAUAAAUAAAGUAAUGAUGGUGUGCAAUAUGCACACACUUGCAUACACUCACUCUUAUAUACUUGCACACAUCCAUACUCAAAGAUAUUUACGCGCAGUACAUGCCCAUACAUGUACAGACACAUAUAAAUGAUGUAAAUGUGCAGUACCCUCUGCAAGCAUACACAGAAGCACAAACUUACAAACGUGCACACACACAAAAAUAGAUGAAUGUGUGCAGAUUGUUACAACUGUCAUAGGCAUUUAUUCAAGAUCACAUAUGGCUUCUGUGUAAAAUAGAUCAUGAACACAAAUCAAAACUUUCAUUCCACACCAUCUCAGAACUUGUCUUCACCGUCAACAACUUUUCUUUGACUCUUCUCACUUUUUCCAAGUUAAAGGUGAAACGUGUAGCUAUGAGUACUCACACAUCAUACACACAGCUCACAGCCUUUUUGUCAGUUGUCGAAUAAUCCAGUGUUCCCAAUGUACACUGGCACCCUCCUCCAACUCUUUCUCCGCUAAUUGAUAACUCCAAGAGGCUGCCUAUUGCACCCAUGCAAAACUUGUUGAUUUCAUUAUCUUCAUCACUUACUUCCACAAUGCCCUCAAAUGCACCUUCACUUUCUCUGAUUUCUCUGUCUUUCAUCAGGGACGGACUAUUGACUGACAUCUACUACAAACCUACCAACUCCCAAGGUUAUCUGGACUACACUUCGUCCCACCCCAUCACUUACAAAGAUGCUAUCCUCAAUUCCUCCGACUCAGCCGCAUCUGCUCCCAAGAUCAUGAUUUCCUUUCUAGGACAUCUGUGAUGUCCUCUUUCUUUAGUAAAGAGUGAGGCCACAUGCAAACUAGAGGAAAGAUAAGGUUCACUUCUUAAUAAAAGGAGGGUCAAUAGCCACAUUGUACUUUCUUGUUCUCUGAACUGUUUACAGUCAAUCAGAUUUAUCCGACGGGGGUGAUCUUCAAUCUUCACAGCGGUUGAUGUUGUUGGUAGCACUUGGUACAGCUCCUUUCAACACAGUCUCAAUUUCUUCCGGUCCCAGUACCUUAUCAGUAUGUAUUCUGACAGUAUGUACUCGUCCCUGUGUCCAACUGGUAGUGGCUCCUGUGCCUCUCAUACCUGGGACUGCAGACCUGGCAAGGCAUGGGUUAAUUGCUGUGCAUACAUAAUUAGUUAAUCACUGAUGGCCUGUAGGUGUAACUUCCACACGUAUGUAGCGCGGGGUCACCCUCAUUUCGAGGAUGGCCAUCUUCUGGUAGGUGCAUAGCAAGUCCUGUUAUGAAUUCAAAAUGUGUUAAUCCUGUCUCUCUAGCUGGGGUUGUUCUGAAUCAUCAGAAUUACUGAGAAUACCGUAACCCAUUCCUGUGCAGUUUCAGUCAAGACUACUUAAACUCUUUAGUGUCCUAUUCAUUCCCUCCACUAAUCCAAAACUCUGCGGGUGGUUUGGAAAUGUGAAAUCAGUCUUCAGAAGCCUCCUUCAUCACCUUCCCUGUGAACUUGUCCCUUGAUCCGAGUCUAUCUGAAGACGGACCCACACAAUAUUAUCCCUUCAAUUGUCCAAAUACAUUUCUCCUCCCCAAUCUACUUUAUUUCUCACUUUUUUACCCCUCAUUGUGAGUUCCCUCAAACCCCCUUUUGUAAGCUAUGGUCUGAUGUGAUCAACUAACACAAUAUUGCAUGGACCUUAAUUUGUCCCUUCACAGCACAUGCUUCAAGCCUCCGCACAUUUGUUUGUUUGGAUACAGGAACCUGGCUGCUCAUUUGCAUUCUAAAUGACAAACACUAUUAUCACAUCAAAACAAGCUUCCCAAAAGAAUUCAAACUCAAAAUCAGUAAUCCAUAACCGCCAAUAUCCUUAAACCCUUUUAAAAAAUAGAUCAAUCAUUAUUAGGAAAAACAAUU